AGUGCGUAGCUACGAAGUUUGUCAGCUCUGAGGCACCGUACUGGCUUUGACACCGGCGGAGUGGGCUGGGCUGGGCUGGGCGGCUGAAGCUCGGCUCAGUUUAGGACAUCCUGAUGGCUGCAGUGUUUCUGGUAACGCUGUAUGAGUAUUCGCCGCUUUUCUACAUCGCGGUGGUCUUUACCUGCUUCAUCGUGACCACCGGCCUGGUAUUGGGAUGGUUUGGUUGGGAUGUUCCAGUAAUUUUGAGAAAUUCAGAAGAGACCCAGUUCAACACAAGAGUUUUCAAAAAGCAAAUGAGACAAGUCAAGAAUCCUUUUGGUUUAGAGAUCACUAAUCCAUCUUCAGCUUCAAUUACAACUGGCAUAACUUUGACAACAGAUUGCCUUGAAGAUAGCCUCCUGACAUGCUACUGGGGGUGCAGUGUUCAAAAAUUAUAUGAAGCUCUGCAGAAGCACUUUUAUUGCUUCCGAAUAAGCACUCCCCAAGCCCUGGAAGAUGCUCUGUAUAGUGAAUACCUCUAUCAAGAACAGUAUUUUAUUAAAAAGGACAGCAAAGAAGAAAUAUAUUGCCAGUUACCAAGAGAUACUAAAAUUGAAGACUUUGGUACAGUGCCCAGAUCUCGCUAUCCAUUGGUAGCACUGUUGACCCUAGCUGAUGAGGAUGACCGAGACAUUUAUGAUAUUAUUUCCAUGGUGUCAGUAAUUCAUAUUCCUGAUAAGACUUAUAAACUUUCCUGUAGAAUAUUGUAUCAAUAUUUACUCCUGGCUCAAGGUCAAUUUCAUGAUCUUAAGCAACUUUUCAUGUCUGCAAAUAAUAAUUCCACUCCCUCCAGCAAUUCUUCUCCAGAAGAACAAAGCAGAGAGCACAGUCUGCUGGAAAAAGCUGGGCUGUCCGAGAGUGAAGUGGAGCCUCCGGAGGAGAACAGCAAGGACUGUGUGGUUUGCCAGAACGGAACUGUGAACUGGGUGCUCCUGCCGUGUCGACACGCAUGCUUGUGUGACGGCUGUGUUCGGUAUUUCCAGCAGUGCCCCAUGUGCAGGCAGUUUGUUCAGGAAUCUUUUACCCUUUGCAGUCAAAAGGAGCAAGAGAAAGACAAACUGAGAGCUCUUUGAGAGUGUUGUUAUGACUGAAGAGUAUGCUUUCCACUGAAGAUGUAGAAAUUUGUAUCCUUGGAAUUAAUCAUAACAUGGAAUCUACCGUGUUGACCAUCGAUGAAAAUUCUAUUUUAACUUCACGUUUGUAUGGUACAUGGAUGAUGCAAAUGAAUUCCUUCCUGUUUGGUAUGAUAAAUAUUGGAAUACCAUCUAUGUUAAUACAUAAAAAUGCAUUCAACUCUUGAGAAGAAUGUAAAUGUUGGCCUUUUAUCAGCUAGAGGAUUUCAUAUGAUGUUGAUUAGGAAAAUUCUGAAAAGCAACCCAUCUAAAAUCUCAGGUGGUGAAAGUCAAGAUCUCUGGAUGUUUUUGCCUUUGACAUCAUCUGGAGAGCAAUUGGGAAAAAACUGAAUUCUUCCUAAAGUAAUUGUAUGUUCCCCAGUUUACAAAGGAGUUGGAAAGUGCUUCUAACUCUAGAUCUUUUCCUAAAAUAACAGUUUUUAUAAAUAUCCAUCUAAUUUUCCUUAUAGUCCCAUAAACACAAGUCUUAAUUUUAAUAUAGUGUCUUAAAUCGUAAAUGCAAGAUACAAUUCUUGUCUGUUCUCAGUGUAUCAUGGGUUAAAAUGAUACUCAUCUAUAGGAAGCAGAUAUAUAAAACUUGGAUAAUAAAAUUUCUUAGAUAAUUAAAAUUAUUGUCAAAUAUGACUAGGUUAGCAGGAUGUGACCUAUCAGGGAAGAACUGUGAAACUUGUAAUGCCUUACCUUAGAUUUCCUCCUGCAUAGCAAAUCCAUCUAAAACCGGAGAGGUUUUGGAGCCAGAAAAGCUGUUAAGAGAAACAAAUAACUAUUUUUUUCUACUGUAUUUUUAUUCCAAAUAAACCCAUAUCCUCCAGAAUAGUAACCUGAUAGGCAAAAAGCCCCAUCCCCCAUGCUUUCCAAGAUGACAAAGAAGAAAAAGGUAAAUCAGAGCUUUCUGUGUCUUCAGGGGAAAUUACCUCCCACUCACCAAGAAAUUAGAUCACGGCAAAUAAACUGAACUUCAGGGAAA